CGACCCUUCACCACCUGCAUGUUUCGGCUACCGAUCUGAAUACCAAGCCACUCUGCGGGGAAGUCGGUUUGCCAUUUAGUUUUGUUAUCAAUUUCUUUCCAUUGCGCCAGAAGGCCCCUUUUUUUCCGUGCUGGCUGUAACCCACAAACGGCUGCAGAGCUUCUUCAUCCAGCUGGGGGUUUGUGCCGACGGAAAUCUGCAGCUCCACCGUAUACAAUGUCCAGAUAGGGAAUCACCAUGAGUCGAUAUCUCACCCCCUCCAAAAUCGCGCUUCUGUGCUUAAUCUCCGUCUAUGUGGACGGCGUCGUCCCCAACUCCUCCGCGAUUCAUGUCCUCUCAUUUCUAGUCUCAUGCUUGAGUCCCUUGGGCCGGGAGGCGGCUGCCUCCCCUUCCACGUCGAGGAAAGACACUCGAAGCUCGGUGUCCAUCAGCGACCUUGAAGAAGCCCUUCUCGGCCACGCGUCUUCCGUUCCGGGGCGCUCGAUCUGGGAUCUAUUCCUGAAAAAGAUCUGGUCGAUCGACUCCUGCGAUGCGCUCGAGGUCUUCUUCGGCGACAUCUCGCACCUGCUGGCCAAGACCCGCGAUGAGCAGAUUCGGGAACGAGACGCGGGCCUGGCUCCCGAGACGGGCUCGACCAGACUGUCGCGAUGCUCGCCUCUGGGCAUGUUUGUCCGGAGAUCGCAGUUGGAAUUCACGCGACUGCAGUUCCAUGACUCGGUCAAGCUUUGGAAGGGGUUCGUGAGGUACCGGUUGCCGACGUACCGGGUAUGGGCUCGCAAGAACCCCGCCGGGAUGCAGGCCCCCGUGGAUAUCAAUCUGCUGGAGUUGGGUCUCGAUACCACUAGCCAUCUCUCGCAGGUGGCUUACGGCCAGAUUGAUGAUGAUUCGGAUGACGAUAAGUACGUCAGCACGAAGGAUGUCGAGCGGCUCUUGGAAUUCCAGAUCAAUGAGCUACAGAGCUUGGGUGGGAGGGUUCCGGAUGGAAUGAAAGCACAGCUAGAACGUAUCAUCGCAUCCGGCGUGACGAUGCCUAACUUGGUACACUAUCUCAGGUUUCUCGAUGCCUGGAGAGCGGGCGAUUAUCCGUCAUCCUUUGACAACCUCCAUCGCUACUUCGACUACACUAUGCACAGUCGGGAUCGAAGCUCUUAUCAGUACGCGUUGUUGAACCUGGCGAUCCUGCAGGCUGACUAUGGCUGUCAUGGAGAAGCUGUCUCGGCCAUGCAGGAGGCUGUCUCCAUUGCCCGUGAAUCGCAUGAUAUGAAUUGUCUCAACUUCUGCAUGAGCUGGCUCUAUCACUUUGGUAAGGCAUUCCCAGAGCAAAUGAAGGAUAUACAGAACACAGGCAUGCUGGGCAACGAGAAGGAGGGUCUCUCAUUUUUAAAGGCGAAGGCCAAGGAGGCGGAGAUGUGGAGUCUUCUGAGCACAACUUUGUUGAGUGAAGCCAAGCUUGAACUGCAAAAUGGAGAAAGUCUGGCUUCGUCCAUGGAGAACAUCAUCCGUGCCUCGCAUCUGAAUGUCACGAAGAAUUUGACGAACUCAGUAGGACCGCAGCUUCUACUUCAGGCAUCGCUAUUUACGAGAAUAGGGGUCACCCACUUGACUUGGUUGAGCAGUGAGAUUUUCCGCCAAUGUUACGCCAGCAGGGCGCCAUUCGAGGACUAUCUCAAGAGCACAUUCCGCAGCUGCCUGCUUCUCGCUCAGCAGGGUCGCUACAAAGAGAUCUCGAUCCGCAUGGAUCAAGUCACGCCCGAGAAGCUUCGAUCCUUGAAAGCCAACCAAUACUGGACCUUCUUUACCGGUGUACUUCAACUUAAACGCCAGAUCUACCGCGACAACCAAGUGGCCACCGAGCAUCUCCUCUCCCAACUGCAAGCGAUCCAACUGCCAGACACCGACAUCUCCAUCCUUCUCUCCUUCCUGACGAUCGACCUCCACAUCCGCCAGGGCAACUACACACGCGCACUCGAGCUCGUCGAGAAGACCGCCCAGUCCGUCCACCAGGACAACUUCGACAUCUACAGCCAAGUCAAACUCCUCUGCCUGAAGGCGCGCAUCCUCGAGAAGACAGGCCACCCGCAGCGUGGCUUCUCGCUCGCCAUGCGCGCCGCCAGCAUCGCCCACCGCGCCCGCCUCCUCCCCAGCCUGUGGGAGUCCAUCUGCGUGUUAGCGGGCGUGCUGCUCAGCCUGCGCGAGUUCGAGGCCGUCGCCGCCCUGCUGGAAAGCAUCAUGCCGCAGAUCCUGGAGUCCGACGAUUGCGACCUCGCCGCCCGCGCGUACUCGCUCCUCGUCGACGCCCACAUGGGCGUCGCGGGCUCUCUCUGGAGCCAGGGCCAGGCGGCUCACUCGCCGCUCAAGAAGGAGUACAUGAACCGCGCCCUGGGAUAUUUGGAUUGCGCCUACGAGCAGUACGAGGAGCUCGAGGAUAUCAAGGGCCAGUGCGAGAUGAUGGCUAAGAAGGCGACGCUCAUGCAUCUGACGGGGGAUCCUGUGCUCGCCAAUGAUUACGCCGCGAAAUACCUCGAUCUCAAGAAGCAGCAGCGUCUUGAGACUGCGGAGGUUUAAGCCGUGAUGAUGCUUGACGGGUCAAUUGUAUGGGAUCGAUCCUCCCUCCU